GCGGCCCGGCCCCCGCCGCCCGCCUCAGCGCCGCCGCCGCCGCCAUCGCCUCAAGGGCCGCCGCCGCCGCCAUCUUGUCGCCCUCAGGAGGGCGGGAGGGAGGCGGGGCGGCGCCUGCUGCCCGUGACAAUGAGUGGAAAUGAGGAUGAGUGGCUGGCUCUCAAGCCCCAAGAACCUUCUCCAUCCCAGUGCUGUGGCAGCGGCUGCAAACCCUGCAUUUACGAUGUAUAUGAGAAGGAGCUUGCACGAUGGGAAAGGGCCAAAGCAAAGCAAGACAAAAGCCUCCUCACGGAAGAGAAGGAGCAGAGCAAUAAUUCAGAACUAAAUCCAGAUACAUUUACUGCAUUCAACAUAAGCUCAGUGGAGCAGCUAACAGAGGACACCUACCAGUACAAAUUUGAAUUACCGGGAAAUAGCAGUCUGCGAUUGAGUUUAGGACAACAUAUCGUGUUAAGAGGAGAGGUGAACGGUUUGGAGGUCCAGCGAGCCUACACCCCGAUUAGCCCAAGGAAUGCAGAAGGUUACUUUGAAGUUUUAGUGAAAUGCUAUGAAGCUGGGCUAAUGUCACAAUACAUAAAAACUUGGAAAAAAGGAGACACGGUCUUUUGGCGUGGGCCGUUCGGAGGGUUCCCAUAUCGACCUAAUAAGCACGGAGAACUCCUCAUGCUGGCUUCUGGCACUGGCCUCGCACCAAUGCUUCCCAUUCUCCAGUCCAUAACAGAUGAUGAAGAGGAUGAAACUUUUGUGACUCUUGUUGGCUGCUUCCGUACAUUUGAAACAAUUUAUUUGAAACCUCUUCUCCGGGAUCUGGCUCGAUACUGGAACAUCAGAAUAUUUUAUGUCCUAAGCCAGGAAACAUCACUGGAAAAACUUCCUUGGAGUUAUCAGGAAAACACGUACACUGGUCGCCUAAAUGAAGAUUUGAUGAAGACAAUAAUAAAUUCCUGUCGAAGAAAGCCAUUCGUAUUAGUUUGUGGCUCUCCUGCAUUCAGUGAGGAUAUGAAGAGAUAUCUGAAAGCUGCAGGGAUCGAAGAAAAUUCCUGUUUUGUCUUUUAACAGGAUAUUCCUGACUUAAGAAACCUCAGGCAAAGCCUUGGACAUCCUUGUUUCAAGACGUAGUUUAUCGAGAUGACUGAUUUUGAGCAGAGAUCCUUGUGCAUAUACAUUCAUAGGCCUUUGGCUCAAAUAUUUGCCUCCAUUAUGAUUCUCAAUCUUGAGAGUGUUUUAAGGAUUGGGUGGCCUUCCAGAAUGACUGCUGCAACCACCCAGAUGUCAGGGAACAGCAUACUAAUUUCAAUAGAAGUCUUCACAUGCAAUUCUGAGAGAGAUCUCUUAAGGGUACUAAGAAACAUCCAAGUAUAGAGCUCUGCUGUAAUAUGAAGACUAAUGAUGUGCUUUGAAAUCCAUGUUAGUCUGCAGUGGCAUUGUGCCCUGUUAAAUGUACCCUGGGGAGAUUUAAUCCUCGGGGAGAAGAUUGCGUGGCCAAAGGAACAGCAGAGCACUGGCACAGCACUCUGCAGUCUGUGGGGUUCACACAGUUGUGUUGUUAUCUUGCUGGGUGAUACCAGGCAAGCCACUUCAGCCUCUGUGUGCCUCAGUUGCCUUGUAGUACACUAAUAUGGGAUGAAGAUGCUGCUUUCUGUAAAGAGACUUUUUUUUAAAGAAAAAUCUAUAUAUGAGGAUGGAAUUACAUGUGCUGCCCAGUGAGGACUUGCACUGCCUGCUCUGAACCUCAACCCUUGCAGUGCUACCUGGGGGGAGAAAGGGGUGUCCUAAAUGUCAUUGUGAGAAACCAUCGGGGCUGUAGCUGCUGUCUGUCAGGGAAGAUGGCUCUCUGCUUUUCAUGACCCCUAAUUGUUGUGUAACAGCCCUGGUUCAUUAAAUCAAAGUUUUUUUCCAAGUAAA